GUUAGUGUUGAAUUUCAUAGUACUCGCGUAUAUUAUAUUAAAACAAUCUAACAGUCGAGUUACGCUGGUUUAUAGACUUGAAAUUCGUUGCUUCUAAAACUGUUGAGAUGCAUUUCUGUGUGUUUUUAGCCGUUCUAGUAUUAGUCAGCGGUUCAUCGCUUGAUCUCACUGGGUCUUCCUCUCAUGCAGUUCUAGGAGAGUCUUUUACAUUCACCUGUACAGUCAAGCAGGCGGUUGGUCUUGUCAAUGCAGUAUAUUUUAGUAAGGCAACAUCCUCGAGGCCGUUAGGUACUCUCUACCAAAAAGGCAAUUCGUGUAUUUUGUCUGCUAUUCCAAAACCAGGUUACUUUCUAUCCUGUGGAAGUGGAACAGACAUCAGUUCGUCCAGCACUAAGAACUACACCCUAAAGAUCAACAGAGCUGCACACCUUGAUGCUACAGAUUGGUGGUGUGGACAGAAUAAACGUGACAGAAAGAGUUCGAUAUUUAGACUGCAAUUAUAUUAUGGUCCACACAAUGUUGCACUCGAUCCUGCCUCUACUGGACAUGUUACAGAAGGAGACAGUCUGACUGUGAACUGCACGGCACAGUGUAACCCAUCACCGUGUUCCUUCUCAUGGACAGUCAAAAACGACACAGUCUCAUCAGGCCCUCUAUUGUCACUGACAGACAUCAGCUUGAAUAAGAACGGAAGUGUUUAUGUGUGUACAGUUAACAACACUGCCAUUCAAAACUCUACAACAAUAGAAUUCACGCUAAUUGUUAAACGUUCAUCACUUGAUCUCGCUGGGUCUUCCUCUCAUGCAGUUCUAGGAGAGUCUUUUACAUUCACCUGUACAGUCAAGCAGGCGGUUGGUCUUGUUCAUGCAGUAUAUUUUCGUAAGACAACAUCGUCGAGUGCGUUAGGUACUCUCUACCAAAAAGGUGAUUCGUGUGUUUUGUCUGAUACUCCAAAACCAGGUUACUUUCCAUCAUGUGGAAGUGGAACAGAUAUCAGUUCGUCCAGCACUAAGAACUAUACUCUAAAGAUCAACAGAGCUGCACACCUUGAUGCUACAGAUUGGUUUUGUGGACUGGGUAAUGGUGAAAUAAAGAGUUCGAAAUUUAGACUGCAAUUAUAUUACGGUCCACAGAAUGUAGCACUCGGUUCUGCAUCUACAGAAGGAGACAGUCUGACUGUGAACUGCACGGGACAGUGUAAGCCGUCACCAUGUUCCUUCUCAUGGACAGUCAAACACGACACAGUCUCAUCAGGUCCUUUGUUGUCACUGACAGGCAUAAGCAGUAAUAUGAAUGGAAAUGUGUACAUAUGUAAUGUUACCAACACUGCCAUUCAAAACUCUAAAAUAAUAGGUUUCCAGCUAAUGGUUAAAGCUUUACUUUUUAUCACUGGGUCUUCCUCUCAUGCAGUUCUUGGCGAGUCUUUUAUAAUCACCUGUACAGUCAAGCAGGCGGUUGGUCUUGUUAAUGCAGUAUAUUUUCGUAAGACAACAUCCUUGAGUGCGUUAGGUACUCUCUACCAAAAAGGCGAUAGGUGUGUUUUGUCUGAUACUGCAGAACCAGGUUACUUCCCAUCCUGUGGAAGUGGAACAGACAUCAGUUCGUCCAUCACUAAGAACUAUACUUUAAAGAUCAACAGAACUGCACACCUUGAUGCUACAGACUGGUGGUGUGGACUGAGUAAUACUGCAAUAAAGAGUUCGAAAUUUAAACUGCAAUUAUAUUAUGGUCCACACAUUGUUGCACUCAAUCCUGCAUCUACUGAGCAUGUUAGAGAAGGAGACAGUCUGUCUGUGAACUGCACGGCGCAGUGUAACCCAUCACCAUGUUCCUUCUCAUGGACAGUCAAUAAUGACACAGUCUCAUCAGGCGCUCUAUUAUCACUGCCAGACGUCAGCAACAAUAUGAACGGAAGUGUCUACAUGUGUACAGCUAACAACACUGUCAUCCAAAACUCUACAACAAUAGAAUUCACGCUAAUUGUUACACGUUUAUCGCUUGAUCUCACUGGGUCUUCCUCUCAUGCAGUUCUAGGCAAGUCUGUUACAUUCACCUGUACAGUCAAGCAGGCGGUUGGUCUUGUUAAUGCAGUAUAUUUUCGUAAGACAACAUCGUCGAGUGCGUUAGGUACUCUCUACCAAAAAGGCGAUUCAUGUGUUGUGUCUGAUACUCCAAAACAAGGUUACGUUCCAUCCUGUGGAAGUGGAACAGACAUCAGUUCGUCUAGCACUAAGAACUAUACUCUAAAGAUCAACAGAACUGCACACCUUGAUGCUACAGACUGGUGGUGUGAACUGAGUAAUACUGCAAUAAAGAGUUCGAAAUUUAAACUGCAAUUAUAUUAUGGUCCACACAAUGUUGCACUCGAUCCUGCCUCUACUGGACAUGUUACAGAAGGAGACAGUCUGACUGUGAACUGCACGGCACAGUGUAACCCAUCACCAUGUUCCUUCUCAUGGACAGUCAAAAACGACACAGUCUCAUCAGGCGCUCUAUUGUCACUGACAGACAUCAGCAGGAAUAAGAACGGAAGUGUCUACGUGUGUACAGUUAACAACACUGCCAUUCAAAACUCUACAACAAUAGAAUUCACGCUAAUUGUUACAGAUGAUCCAAAACGCACUUCUUCCUCAAGAUUACGUGCAGGUCCAUAUGUAGGUGCAGGUCCAGGUGCUGCUAUAUCGGGAAUUGUUGUCGCUGUUCUAUUUGCUCUUGCUAUUCCUACUGUUUGGAUUAUUUAUAGCAGGAAAAUAAAGAAGCAAGCCAAUGAUGGGCAGAACGAAUCUAAUAAGUAAGGAAAACCAAAAUCAAGCUCACAACCUAACAUAUUUCUGUAAUUACUACCUGAAUUCGUGAGAGAGAAAGAUGCUGGCACCAGAAGUCCACAGUUGUCGUUUUCGAUUUGUAUGAAACUGUAUUCGUAAACAAGGCUUCUUUUUUUCUUCCUUUUUGUUUUGUUUUUUUCUUUUUGUUUUUUGGUUAAAGAUUGUGUUACCUUUGAGUGUUCCAGUAAUUUAUAUUUGGUCGGGGUUUUUUAAAAUAAAAUUACAGCUCAAAUUAUACUAUACUUGCAGUACCAUAGUUAGAAGUGAAGUAUUUCAAUAAUGUUACAUUACUUGUCAAAAAUAACUAUAGCCUGUUUGCAUCAAAUGGUAACUGAUGAAUUAGCUUGUAACUGUAUAAUAAAUAAUAUAAAAACUAAUUUAAAAACAUUAUUAGUUUUAAACUUAUAACAUUUUCAAAAAAGAGGUGUUGCUUAAAAAGUAUCGGCUGUAUACAUUAUAUCUCAAAAUGCUGGAACAGCAAAGUUAGGCAUUUUUACCUGAAUUGUUACUUACAACCAAUUAAAACAGUACAAGGACAUUAAAGGCAUAAUUGCACGUGCAAUAGUUUUUUUACCUUCGCUGUUCCAUUAAAUGUUUUAAUUUUUUUUAAAUCAAAUAUGCUUUUAAUUUGGAAUACAAAGGGACAAUCUUUAGUUUGAUAUCAUUAUAACAUGUUUUCGAAUAACAGAAUUUUUUAUUACUAAACUUAUACAUUAAUGAUAUUUUCUUGUUUGUAAUAUCAGCGUCUGUAUAAACAAGGUGGUUUUUGCCUUCCAAUAAUUUUGAACGUACGAAAAACCAAAUAUUACAAAUUAAAAUGAAAAAUCACUUCUACAAACAUUAUGAUACAUACACUAGAUAUACAGACACGGGUAUUCUAAACAAGAAAAUGUAUUUAAUAUGUAAUUUUAGUCACUAAAACGAUUGUGUCGGAAACAUCUUACAGUUGCAACAAACUCAGGACAGUUCCUUUAA